CGCCGACUGAUUACGUAGCGGGCGGGGCCGGAAGUGCCGCUCCCUUGUUGGGGGUGUUCAUGGCGGUUCCGGGGUCUCCAACAUUGUUCCUGGUUGUAGUCCUAAAUCCGUUCGAAGCGGAGGCUCCGGAGUUUGAGGUUCUUGCUGGUGUGAAAUGACUGAGUACAAACUGGUGGUGGUUGGAGCAGGUGGUGUUGGAAAAAGCGCACUGACAAUCCAGCUAAUCCAGAACCACUUUGUAGAUGAAUAUGAUCCCACCAUAGAGGAUUCUUACCGAAAACAGGUCGUUAUAGAUGGUGAAACCUGUCUGUUGGACAUACUGGAUACAGCUGGACAAGAGGAGUACAGUGCCAUGAGAGACCAAUACAUGAGGACAGGCGAAGGCUUCCUCUGUGUAUUUGCUAUCAAUAAUAGCAAAUCAUUUGCAGAUAUUAACCUUUACAGGGAACAGAUUAAACGAGUAAAAGAUUCAGAUGAUGUACCUAUGGUGCUAGUAGGAAACAAGUGUGAUUUGCCAACAAGGACAGUUGACACAAAACAAGCCCAUGAACUGGCCAAGAGUUAUGGGAUUCCAUUCAUUGAAACCUCAGCCAAGACCAGACAGGGUGUUGAAGAUGCCUUUUACACACUGGUAAGAGAAAUCCGUCAGUACCGAAUGAAGAAACUCAACAGCAGUGAUGAUGGGACUCAAGGUUGUAUGGGGUUGCCAUGUGUGGUGAUGUAACAAGAUAUUUUUAAAGUUCUAGCAUCAUAAAAGAGCCACUGUUAAGCUGCACUGACAUCUGGUCCUGACUUCCCUGGAGGAGACAUAGUCCUAUUGCUAUCUUCAGUCCCAUCAAGAAGUUCCUGCUCCUUCCCCGACUCUCAGUAGAUCAGUACAAUAUUCUCUAUUUGAGAAGUUCUCAGAAUAACUACCUCCUCACUUGGUUGUCCGACCAGAGACAUGAACCUCUUGUUACUCCGCAGUAUUUUUCCAUCCUGGUUCCCCACAAACACACACACAAACACCACCACCACCCUCCCAGGUUUUUCAUCUGAACAGCAAUUCAUGCUCUGAAACGGAACCAAACUGUAGAGAACAAUGUCUCGAGCACUAAAGUAGCAGCUGCUGGUGAUUUUAUUCUUUUUACUGUUGAGUUUGGAACUAUGUUGGUGUUUGAAAAAUGUCAUAAAAUACUGGUUUGCUGAAAAUAUAGUCAAUAUUGCUGUUUGGCUGGUUUGUAAUGUCACCAGCUUUAUUCUAUGAACUGGUAUCUGCUCUGUAUUCAGAAAUACAAAAGUGAAUACUGACUUUUGAGUAUCCUGGUCUUCUCGACAUUCAUGUAAUUAAACCUAACUUUCACAGUGAAGUGCCUUUUUCCCAGAAGUGGUGUAUAGACUUCCUUUAGAAUGCUUCAGUGAAAUAGAUGUCUCAAAACCAUUAUACAUGAAAAUGAAUGUCUGUGAUACAUCUAUGACCUACCCGCCUUUGAGGGAAGGAUACACUGAUAGGAUAGCAGAUGCCAUCUCUUACAUGCAUGAAGUUGGUUUUCCAGAGACCAAGUUUUGGGCCCUUCCAAAAGAAAGAUGAAACUGGAACCAAUAAAGAAUAAUUUCAGUUGACUUUUACCUAAUCUCCACUUCUUUUUUUUGGUAGGUUACUACCUACAAAAUGUAUGUAAUUUGUUUCUUCUAGCUUACUGGUUAUCUAAUAUUCAGUGAACUUCCAUUUAUAUUUUAAUUUAGGUCAAAUCAGAAAACUCUCCUUUUGCAGGUGUUCAAAUUAUAAAAAUUUGAUGCAGUUUUAAUAGUUAUGAUCAGUGAUUUUCAAGCCUUAAAUACAUUAACAGACACAUUGUCACUGCAUAUCAUGGUAUCUUAAUGAUAUAUAUAAUUGCCCUUCCCCUUUUCACCCUACCCUGUGUCCCUCACUUCACAGCAACUGUGGCUUGAUUAAUUAUUUCAGUCGAGUAAAGCCACAGGUGAAAACUUGAGCAAGUCAGUUGGCAUCACAGAGAGAAAUUCUUCCACAUUUGCUCAUUUCACCAGUAACUCGAGCUAGUAUCUUUGCCAGAUGCAUGCUGGUAGUUUUGCAAGGAAAGAAGAGGUCAGUCAGCACAAAUCCUUUGCCAUGGGAAAACUUGCUAUCCUGAGAGAGUCAGCUUAGAAGUCUUUAUACAUAAAGUAUCUAGAUGUCUUAGCCCUGUGGAAAGUCUAAGCCAAUAUUUUUUCUCAUUGUGUUUUUGAAAAUGAGGAUGCCUCAGAUCAUUUAAAAAAUUUCUUUAUCCAUAAUGUUCUUUGAAAGGUUUAAAACAAGUUGUUGAUUAAUUAGGCUAUGGAUACCAGAUAAAAAGCUGAUGAGUUUAUUCAGAACAAGUAGCCUUUGAAUUGAAAUUGCUGUUUGAGAAGGGAAUGGAAAAUAGAAUUAAUUGUUAAUUAUGAGGGUUUGUAGUCUUGACUUUUUACUUGCAGAUAAAAUCGUAGUAAUUCUAAUGAGAAAAUGACUUGGAUAACUUAAUAAAAGACUAGUUCCAAAAUGGCCUCUUUCUGGUUUUCAGUGUAUAGAUACUUACUGAGGACCUCCAACUUCUGAUACGAAUUUUCAUUUAUUGAUCAAACUCCACAUUCCCUUGAAGUAAAUUCAGAAGAAGGGAAGAAACAUAGACUGUGCCCAGAGAAUAGUAAGCCCAGAGCGUUGUGCUCCUUAGUGUUAAUUCUGAGAGCUUUCACAGUACUGUUAAUGCCUGGAAACAGAAACUCUCUGCUGCCUUGUCUCUGCUCCCUGCUCCUUUGGGAGCAUUGCUCAGUAAUUUUCUUGAGGCUGCAGUGAGGCCUGUCAUCUCACUUGUGGUCAUUGUCUUCCGCCUCUUAUCUGUGUGACUGACAGUGUAACUUUUUAAAAUUUCUAAUUAGGAAAAAAGAGACUCAUUUUAGGCUCUUGUACCCAUAGCCAUUGUAUGUAUGUAUGUACCAUAUAGUUUUCUUAAGUAUGUACUAAGCACAGAAGUAUGUAAAUGGGGCCAAAAUUCAGACUUGGAAAUGUUCUUUUAAUAGGUUCUUAAGAAGUUACACUUAGUUUGAAUUUUGGCACAAUAGAGAGACAAACUGGUAGUUAAAGGCUAAAUAACUUCACAUAAUGUGGUAAUAAGAUGUGGCUUUUAGAAUAUGUUUGUGGUUGCUGAAAACAAUUCUAAGUUUACCUCAGAAUUUGAAAGUCCAUCCCAAGUUAAGUGCCUGGACAGCUGUCAUAAAUUGCAUACCACUUUGUUUGUUUGUUUCUUAAAGUUUGCACAUUCAAGAGUGAAAAUGUCUGUCUAAAGGCUACCAUGCCUGAUCUAUAAAUGAACCUGUUAAAUGCUGUAUUUGCUCCAACAGCUUACUAUAGAAUGUUACUUGGUAAUCCAAUAUCAUACUUAGUACAGUUUUCACCUUAGGAGUGUAAUAGAUAAAAAUCUCCGCAAUAUGUAUGUUAGUGGGCCCCAGGUUUAGUCCUUCAUCAUCUUUUAAACUGCUGUGAAUUUUUUGUCUUGACUUGAAAGCAAGGAUAGAGAAACACUUUAAAGAGAUAUUUUGGUUUUUUUCCAUUCCAGAAUUUGUGAGCAUAAUUGUAUUUUGUUCUACACUUACUAUCAUGAACUCUUAAGCUGGCAGCUAUGACCACGAGCCAAAAAAUGGUGCAUUCUACUUCUUGUAAUUCAUCUCUGCUAAUAAAUUAUAAGAAGCGGGAUAAUUAAUUAGGGAAAAUAUUUGAGUGGUUUCUAUAAACAAGAGACUCUAAUAAUUGUGUAUUACUUUUCAUUUUUGCUGUUUCUUUAGGCAGUCUAUGUGCCACAAAAUUAUUUUAAGGUGUUUCCUAUAAGAAUUGUUGUAAAAGCAUUCUUGUUAAUCAGAGUAAUUGUAGAUAUGUUUCAAAAUACAACUGGUGAUUUUUAAAGGCCUGAGUACUGACCUUCAAAGCAACUGUAUGAAUUCUAUUCUGUAGGAAAGGAAGAGUCUCAAUGGAAGUUGUAUGACUUUUAUGUUUCUGUGCCACCAAAUAUAGGUAAAAAUAUCAGUUGUGCAAUUCUGCUGUCUAAACAGGAACUAUUGGCCUUCUUGGCCCUAAAUGAAUGGGCUUGUCUUUUAGGUUAACUAUUUUACUGUAAAUUAAUGCAUCCUAAUUUUUUAAAAUUUGGUUGAAUAUUUUUCUUGUUAAAUGUUUAAAAAAUAAAAACUGGAAGUUC